CGUCGAUCGGUCGGUCGGCCAGAGGGGAACGAAACGAUAUUGCAUCGCUAAAUAUAAUACGGCGGGACACGCGAUUCUACUAGCCGUUUACUACGGCCGGCAGGUCAAGCGCGGAAUGACUGCGACCACGGCGGUGAUUGACGUUUGAAACGUGCGUGUCAUAUCUUUUCCUCUCGUGGAAAACGGGGUGGUGUGCCGGACGGGGUGGUCAGCUUUUCCCACGCAUCGAUCUCCUGACAAUCUCCUUUCUGGUAAUUACAGUGUUUCCGACGGAGGCUUUUUGGCACCGCUCGCUCGAACGUCGUCGUCGUCGUCGUCCGCUGAGUUGUGGAGAUGAGUAUCCAGAAGCCCGAAAGUCUUUUAUCGGUGGUUAUACCGACUGAACUUCCACCUUCGCCGAAUUCCCGACAGCUGUUUAUAAAUCAACAGGAUCAACAGGACGAAGAGGCAUCCGAUUGUCCCCUGUUAACACCGAGCCCGCCGCCAACCCAAACAGAUAAGACUCUGCAGUCGACGCCAAUAUUCAACGCGAUGGAAGGAACUCCAUUAGAGAUGAUACCCACGCCAACGCUAGAGAAUAUUAAUACAGAGGAUGGACUCAACGCGUUCAUGAAUAUCGUGAAUAGUUCAAGUAAACCUCUGCAUGACGAACCGAGCUCACGUGACCCGAUGGUGGAGUCCACUAGCAGCGGUAGCAGCAGUGACACCAAUGAACCCGUUUGCGCACAGCUAUUGACGCAAUUAAAUACUGCCUACCAGCAUCUCGCACCAGAUGCUCAAGCAUUAUUUUACAACCAGGAGAACGGUGGCAAACCACCGCUCGUUGGGAUUCAACUGAUGGUGCCGAAGCCGCCCAAGGAUUAUCGAUUCAUGAAGUGGAAUUGGCCGCUGAUACGCAAAACGUGCUUCUGGUCGCUCAUGUCGGUUCUGGCUGGUUGCACCGCCCUCGUUAUCGGCGUCAUCGCCACGAUGCCCAAAAAGUGCGACCCGCCAGUGGACUGGUGGCAAGGGAGUACCUUCUACGAGAUAUUCCCGGCAUCCUUUCAGGAUUCGACCAAGGGGGGCGACGGGAUCGGUGACCUUCGCGGGAUAACCAUGCGGUUGGACUACCUGAAGGGGCUCGGGGUGCGGGCGAUUCGACUGAACUCGAUAUUCCCGGCGCCGCAUUACCCGGAGUACUACUCGAACAUCAGCAACAUGACGGAGGUGAACAAGGAGUUGGGCACACUCGAGGACUUCACCGUUCUCGCGCGCGAGAUCCACCGACGGAACAUGAGCCUGAUUCUCGACCUUCCGCUUUAUCCGUUCGUGAAGAGCUUGAGCAGCCUGGGAGAAGAUGCCGUGAACCAAACCGAAGAACAGGUGUUCCGGAAGAGGAGGGAGGACGUCGACACGAUGAUGCGCAUACUGUCGACGGUCGAAGCUGUCCGCGACGUCCUGUCGUCCGUACCACCGCCAUUGGAGGAGGCGAGGAGACAGGCGUCCGAUCGCGACCAACACCCCGUUAGCGAGGCUAUAAAGGUCUGGCAAGAGAGAGGGGUGGAUGGCUUUUAUCUGAAGGGGCUGGAGCACUAUGUUCACGAAGACGCGUUCGUCAGUAGCCUCAGGUACUGGAGAUCUCUCCUACGUCCGAACAGUAUCCUCAUCUGCCACUCGAGCGUCUUGAACGCCGCCGCCGCCGCCGUCGUCUCGAUGAACUCCAUCCUGUCCCGAAUAGAUCUGGUCGACGUGACCCUUCGGAUGACCAACGGCACCAAGGACAUCAAGGCGCAGAUCGAGGCCGUCACGAAAGGCAUGCUGUUCGACAAAGCCGCUUACCCGUGGAUACAUUGGUCCGUGGACACCGUGGACACUAAUAGGGUGGCCUCCGCUAUGAGCGUCAAGAACGCCAGCCUGGCGGCUUCUCUUCUCGGCAUGAUGCUGCCCGGGACGGCCAGUCUGUUUUACGGAGAUGAGAUAGGCAUCGAAGACUGCGAGUGUCAGGAUCACAAAGAUUUGGCUCAUGUGCACAAUCUAGUUCCUAUGUAUUGGGAGAGGAAGGAUGGCUCCGACAGCAGAUUUUCAUCUGCAGGAGUUACUACGUGGUUGCCGGAAGCUGGGAAACCCGUAGAGACCAGUUUGACAGGCGCCAUUCCAAAAAUGACAAGACUGAGGACGGAAACGACAACGAUUUACGUCAAAGCGGUAUUCAGGGAGAGUCAAGUUGCGGCAAACUGCGAUGUCAGAUACGCGGAGGAUGAAAUGAUCGUGGUUGAGCGAUGGUAUCCACGAAGAAAUUCCUACGUGUUCGUGGCCAAUUUUGGCAACGAGACACGCACAAAAGACUUGUCGUCCCUUUAUUACGGUGGUCACGUUGUCGUUGGAUCAGACUACAGGUUAAAUCGAAAUGUGUAUUUUAAAGAACUUGUCGUCAUGCCCGGAGAAGCGUUUGUUAUAAAAUUGGACAAAUGAGAGAGCCUCGAUUAGGUAACACUACUUAAUAUCACGUUGAACUUUUAGUUUUACCUUGGUCGCAUAUGAAACAAUCGCCAAUGUCACUCAAAUACCAUUAAAAUUAUGACUGUCUUACAACGAAAAAUCUCUAUAAAAGAAAUUUCAACGAAAAAAAAAAAUGAUUUCGACGAAGACUAGUCAUAUGGUAAAAGUUGAAAGACACGUGGAAUCUACGUAAAAAAAUAUAUCGAAAAUUAUGAAAUAUAACGAGGGAGGAGAUAGCGUCCAAUCAAAUUUUCAGCUAUAAUUAGAACACGUGCCAAUAUUAAAAAUUGAUCAACGAAUUUGAACAUUAAUCAAAUUAUUCAUAUAAUUCAUGUCGAAAUAUUGGAUCCCUACAACGAAUUUUCAUUCAUCCUGCAUCUUUAUUGGCCGAAUAAAGUCAUCCGAUUGUACCCAGAUUGUGACUUUGUGAUUGUAGUUUGCAGCUAAUAUUGUAUUUAUUGUAUUUAUGAUAGAGAACACUGACAAGAAGAUGUGCGAGGCCUCCUAUUUGUAUAUUUUGUAAUCCUUUCAAUAAUAGAAUCAAAAAUCAUUAUAAUGCAUUGUUAUUACAAAAUCGUUCACUAUUGUGACGAUAAAUAUGGCACAGAAUCUAUUUGUAAUCUGCUGCGACGCCAUCAAAAGUUUUUUAUUUAUGCGCAAUAUACCGAUUGGCCGUUUGUACAAUCUCAUUUGUAAUAUGUUUAUAGUUGGUAUAAAAAAAAAAAUUGUGUAACCGUACAAUUAUACACGUUUUAAAGGAAGAAACUUUUUUGGAUAAUUAUAUUAAGAUUGACGAUAUACUGUACAUUAUUAAUUGACUGUGUGAAUGCAAAGAAUCUGCGAAUUAACGAGAUUAUUUCUAUAUAUUUACACAGACAAACGAGAAACGUUAGCGCAUAUAUAUGUGUUUUGUAAUAAACUUUUAACCGACAUAAAUAGGAAAUUUAUUUACCUUAAAUUUGAGAUGUGUCAUUAACAUGCGGAGCGAUCAAAAUGUCUUAUGGGACAAAUAUAUAUUUGUUAUAUAAAUAUUUUCUAUAACAUUUAUGCAUAUCAAAUAUUUAAACCAGCGAAACUGUCCUAAUACUCGA